CCUCCUCCGCCGCCGCCUCCGCCUCGUCCGCCGCCGCCUGGCAGCGCGGUGGCGGCGGGCAGGCUCCGGCUGUGGCCCCGCAGAGCCGAGCGGAGCCGAGCGGAGCCGGGCCGAGCCGAGCCGAGCCGAGCCUCCUCCGGUCGCCGCCCGCCCUCCCCUGUCGCGAUGUCGGGCGCGGCGCCCGGCGCCCCCAAGCCGCUGCCGUCCUCCGGGCCGAAGUCGCUGCGGGAGAUGCCGCAUCCCCUGGCCACGUCCAGCAGCGAGGAGAUGGGGCCGGCGCUCAGCCCCAGCCCCGACCUGCUGCUGCCCCGCGGCAUCGCCGACAAGGAUCUCAGUCUACCCAAUGGCACACCUGUUGACACGUCUAGCCCAGCCUCCUCCUCAUCUCUUCUCAACAGACUACAGUUGGAUGAUGACUUGGAUGGGGAAACUAGAGACCUGUUUGUUACUGUUGAUGAUCCCAAAAAACAUGUGUGCACAAUGGAGACGUACAUCACAUACAGAGUUACAACAAAGACCACACGAGCUGAGUUUGAUUUGCCAGAGUAUUCUGUGCGUCGGCGGUACCAAGACUUCGACUGGUUGAGAAACAAGCUGGAAGAGUCUCAGCCAACGCAUCUCAUUCCCCCACUUCCUGAGAAAUUUGUGGUGAAGGGUGUCGUUGAUCGCUUUUCUGAAGAGUUCGUGGAGACAAGGAGGAAAGCGUUAGACAAAUUCUUGAAGAGAAUAACCGAUCAUCCAGUGCUUUCUUUUAAUGAGCACUUCAACGUGUUUCUCACUGCCAAGGAUCUUAAUGCAUACAAAAAGCAAGGAAUGGCAUUGCUGUCAAAGAUGGGAGAGUCAGUCAAAUACGUCACAGGAGGCUACAAAUUAAGAAGUCGUCCACUGGAGUUUGCAGCCAUUGGAGAGUAUCUAGACACAUUCUCUCUAAAACUUGGUACCAUUGACAGAAUAGCACAACGGAUUAUCAAGGAACAAUUGGAAUACUUGGUGGAACUACGAGAAUAUGGACCUGUUUAUUCAACGUGGGGUGGGCUGGAGGUUGAAUUAUCAGAGCCACUGGAAGGAGUGUCUGCCUGCAUUGGGAACUGCUGCACAGCUCUUGAAGAACUCAGUGAAGACAUGACAGAAGACUUCCUGCCUGUGCUUAGGGAAUAUAUACUGUACUCGGAGUCAAUGAAGAAUGUGCUGAAGAGGAGAGACCAAGUUCAAGCGGAGUAUGAAGCAAAACUGGAAGCAGUAGCCUUGAAAAAAGAAGACCGUCCAAAGGUACCCACAGAUGUUGAGAAAUGUCAAGACCGAGUAGAAUGUUUUAAUGCUGACCUGAAAGCAGAUAUGGAGAGAUGGCAGAACAACAAGCGACAAGACUUUAGGCAGCUACUCAUGGGGAUGGCAGAUAAAAACAUCCAGUACUACGAGAAGUGCCUUACGGCGUGGGAGUCAAUUAUACCACUAUUGCAAGACAAGCCAGAGACCAAAUGAGAAGUACCUUCAUGGACAGUCUAGCACUUCCGUGCUCAGUACCACUAGACAUACUGGAACUGUAUGAAGGACUCUUCUUUGUCACAUUAACUGAAAUGCCAGCUGUGCUGAAGCUGGAACAGACCCUCUGAGAACUAGUCAAAUUUUUUUCCUCAUUUUCUGUUUAAACUGGGGUAUGUUUCAUCUUUUUGAGUUAUCUUGAAUGGUUCCUUCUCUAUCCUAUGGAGUGAUAUGGGGCUUAUAGUGAAAGUGCAUGGGGAUCAUAAAACUUACCUCUUUAGUCUGGAAGGAACUGAUGAGUAGAACACUAAAAAGAUGAAAAUAAAACUCUACUGCAAGGUGCCAAAUGACAUCUUUAUUACCUUUCUCUUUUGUUUGCUGAAAAGGUAAUUGUUCCCAUGAUACAGUACCCCCUAACCAAUCCUUAUCUCUUUUUUUGGUUGGAGAGGGAAAGACUGGGAAUGAAUAUUUUCUGGUUUGCCACCACCGGUGUAUGCUCCCAUUAAAUGGUUUCUGGAGACUUUUCUGUGUGGGAAUUGGGCUGGUCCUAGACAGAACAUACUGACACCACCUGCACAUAGCCUGUGAUGCAAGCAUGAACUGUGGUUUUUGUGAGUGUGGCAUGCUGUUGGUUCAUACUGAAUAUCUUUGUUUACCUUGGUGAUUAUGAAGUAAUGUCAGUUGGCUGAAGUGUACUUGUGACCAACGUGGGGAUCAAAAUCAGCCUGGGUGUGGGAGUGAAUUAAACAGUGGCCGUUCAAGGCUUACGGGGAAUGGUGGAAGCAAAUACGAGUUUUUGGUAUGUUUUUUUCUAAAGGUAGCUCUGGAAGUUGCAUGGUAGAAUUCUCUUGAACCAUGCUACAUAUUUUUUUUUUUUUUUGCUUCACUUUUCCUGAACUAUAGCCUCUUUGGGCUUGGUUACUUAAGGUGUCUGCUGUGGUAAAGAAGGUAGAACUGUUUCCUCUCCCUGUUUUUUUCUUCUCUUUUUUUUUUUCUUCAGUAGCAAUCAAAAGCCAAAAAGUGUCAAAUGCUUGCCUACGCCAAGCAUCAUUGUGUGUGUGAAACUUGCCUUAAACAGGUCCGUGGGUGUAGAUAGGUACCCUAUCAGGUACACAUAGUGUCCAUGCCUAUCUCUACUGAACCACAUGGCAAGUCUUUUAAGACUUCUUUUGGUACAGAUCUAUUUUCCUAGUAGUUUUUAUUGGCCCUUAGAAAUGUAACUGCUUCUGCAAGUCCCUUCUCUUUUCUCUUGCAGUCCAGCCUCAAAUACAUGCCUGCUUAGUGUUAAUGGCCUUAGUAGAGGAAUGCUUCUGUGAUGGGUUUCGGAGUCUUGGUUUAACGGCAUGGAGAUAAAACUCUUUUUAUCCAUCCAAAGUGAGGGAGCUAAUAUCAGUGUAAUGUUGGGAUUUGGGGGAAUAAAUAACAUUGACUGCUUACUG